AUGGAGAAAGAAAUAAGAGACGUGUUCAAGACGAUAAGUAAUCGCACUGAACUAGAAAUGGACGAAGCAUCAGUUGACGCCUUUGAACAUCGAGAUAUCCAUGUCACGGGUAGUUGCCGUGCCGCUGAAUGUAUACUAGGUAGCCUGUCAGAAGUGAUGUUUACCGCUAUUGUUGAAUAUUCACUGAUCGCAGCUGCAGUGAUGUAUAUUGUGUGGAAGAACAUAGGGAAAGUCGGCCACGGCUCAGAAUACGUUAAACGAAAGUAUCGCAUACGAAUGGACUGCUCAAAUACAACAACAGGUCUAUUCCUUGGACUGGUUUUUCUGGCAGCAACCUUCACUUCAAUGCUAGUCUACUAUGGCUAUUCGAUUCUUGGAAAAAGCAAGAAUGCAGCCUUCGCCUAUGCUCUCACGGACAUUUCACAGGUGUCGUUUGAAAACAACUCGAAAUGUGCCAAGACACUGUAUUGCCCCACCACACACCGGAGCUAA